UCUCAGAUUCUGGCCUGGGCUGCUCCGGCGGGAGUGUGGUGGGUGGGAGAGCGCCUCUCUGAACCAAUCAGAGUUAGCUGCCCAUGUCUCCACCAAUAAGUGCGCGGCGGGCUCUUUCUGAGUUUCUGAUUGGUGGAGCGGCUGGGCCGGGCGCCCGCGCGCAGGGUAGAUGCAGGCGGUCCAAGAUGUGCUUUUCCCCCUGUAUCCUGGCCAGGCCUCCUGUAGAAACGAGGCUGUCCCAGGGAGGAUCCUGGGUGGGCAGGUAGUGAAUGGAGCCAGAGCGAGUGCAAACCUCAGACCCUCACCCGUGCCUGCCGUAGUCCUCUCGCUAGUGGGCACGGAGGAUGCUCUUCUGCAGCAACUGGCCGAUUCGAUGCUCAAGGAGGACUGCACCUCGGAGCUGAAGGUCCACUUAGCAAGGUCCCUCCCUCUGCCCUGCAGCGUGAAUCGGCCCCGAAUUGACUUGAUUGUGUUUGUGGUCAACCUUCACAGCAAACACAGCCUGCAGAAUGUGGAGGAGUCCCUGUGCCACCUGGACGCAGCCUUCUUCCUGGGGAAGGUAACCUUCCUCGCCACGGGAGCUGGGCGGGACAGCCACUGCAGCAUCCACCGGAACACCGUGGUGAGGCUGGCCCACACCUACCGGAGCCCCCUGCUCUUCUGUGACCUGGAGAUAGAAGACUUCCGCGCCACCAUGGCGCAGCGCCUGGUCCGCCUGCUGCAGAUCUGCGCGGGCCAUGUGCCCGGCGUCUCGGCCCUGAACCUGCUGUCCCUGCUGAGGGGCUCCGAGAACCCCUCCCUGGAGGACCUGUGAGGCCCCCGGCCGCCCUCCCCCGCAGCUGGGUGCCCGGGCCAGCAGUCACUGUUGCUGGAGACCGUGCCAGGGCUUGGCAGGCCUGGGUCAGCGGGCAGUUCCCUCAGGGCCUCAAGUCCUCGAGUUUCAACAGGAAGUGCUGGGGGGCGGCGGGGAGCAGUCCAGCUGGUGGGACUCCAGCCCCCUACCCCUCUCAUGCCCACCCCAGCAGAGCCCCAGGUCUUCGUUGAUCUGACUUGUUACCUCUCAAGACUUCGUUUGAACAAAGGGUCCGUGGCUGAAAGUUAGAACAUCACUGAACUCAUCCACCACUUUGAUUUUGUAGAUGAGGCAACUGACUCCAAACAAUUAAAGAGUCAGAGCGGGUAAGGACUUCCCUGGUGGUCCCGUGGCCAAGACUGCACUCCCAAUGCUGGGGGCCCGGAUUUGACCCCUGGUCAGGCAACUAGAUCCCACAUGUUGCAACUAAAGAUCCUUCAUGCCUCGACUAAGACCUGGUGCAGCCAAAUAAAUAAAUAAAUAUUUUUGAAAGAGUUGGGCAGUGGGAGCUUGAACUCUAUGAGUCCAGUCCGACUCCACAUCCUGGCCUUGCCAUUCUUACAGGACCUGCGGAGCCUCAGUUUCUCCAGGUGUUAGAUGGAGAUUGUUCAGCUUACCUUGCUGGCGUCGUAAGGGUUGAGUGACAUGGUGGUAAAGGUGAAGUGCCUGAGGUGUAUUGUAUUACUCCUGUGCUUGUUUGGGUGCUCCAUGUAUCUCAUAAUAAAUGUGUGAAUGCUUGCA